GGCGGCGGCAGUGCCGGGCGUGGAGUAGGUCCCGAGCGGGCCGCCGGACCCAAAACAGGGUGAGGGGGCGUCUGGAAGCUCCGUCGCCCGGGCCUCGGCGGUCUGAUGGAGUAAGAAGGGUCGACUGUGAGUGUGUGACGUUGAGUGCUUCAGAUCUGGUCACUAUGGUACGAGAACGAAAAUGCAUAUUGUGCAACACUGUUUACAGCUCAAAAAAGGAAAUGGACGAACAUAUGCGGAGCAUGUUGCAUCACAGAGAACUUGAGAACCUGAAGGGCAGGGACAGUAGUCAUGAAUGCCGGGUAUGUGGGGUCACAGAAGUGGGUCUUUCCGCAUAUGCAAAGCACAUUUCUGGACAGUUGCACAAAGAUAACGUUGAUGCCCAGGAAAGAGAAGAUGAUGGAAAGGGAGAAGAGGAGGAAGAAGAUUAUUUUGACAAGGAACUCGUUCAGUUAAUAAAACAAAGGAAAGAACAAAGUCGACAAGAUGAACCUGCCAAUAGCAGCCAAGAAAUAAAGUCUGAUGACAGGCGCCUUCAAUGGAGAAGAGAAGACAGAAUUCCUUACCAAGACAGAGAGAGCUACAGUCAGCCAGCAUGGCAUCAUCGGGGACCUCCUCAGCGGGAUUGGAAAUGGGAGAAAGAUGGCUUUAGUAAUACUAGAAAAAACAGCUUUGCACAUUCUUUGAGGAAUAGUGGUGGACCAAGAGGGUGUUCUGGGUGGCAUAAGGGUGUUGCAGGAGGCUCCUCAACUUGGUUUCAUAACCAUAGUAAUUCUGGAGGUAGUUGGCAUUCAAAUAAUGGAACGGUAGAUUGGAGUCACAAUGGUACAGGAAGGAAUUCCAACUGGCAUUCUGAAGGAACAGGUGGCUUUUCAAGUUGGCAUAAGAAUAGCAGUAACGGAAACUGGAAAUCCAGUAUACACAGUGCAAAUAGUUGGAAUUACAAUAGCCCUGGAGACAAAUUUCAACCAGGCAGAAACAGAAAUUCUAACUUGCAAAUGGAAGAUAUGACCAUGCCAUGGAAAAAGAAAUCUAAAUCAAACAAAUAUAAUCAAGAGAGAUAUAAGUGGCAGCGGCAAGAAAAUGACAAAGUUAGUACAGUUGCCACAUACAGAGGUUCUUCUGAAGAAUAUACAUGUGAUAAAUUUUCUUCACAAAGCUUGUUUGACUUCAAUUUUGAGCAGCCGGAAAGUCAAACCACUAAACAGACAGAGACCAUAGCUUCCAAAAUGGGUGGGAAGAACAGCAAUGUAGCAAGGGAAAAGCUCCAUCGCUGGACUCCUUACCCUUCACAGAAGACUCUGGAUUUACAAUCAGGAGUGAAAGAAGUCACUGGUAACAAGUCAGAAAUGAUAGAUGAGCCUUUAUUUGAUUUUACAUUAAUCACAGGAAUACGUGAGCCGCAAGUUGGUGAAAUAAAUAAUUCCCCAAUGUUGAAAACACAAAAAGAAACACGUACUGGAUCUCUUAAUCACAAAGCCACUUCUGACUGCACAGCUUCCUAUGGGGUGGUGAGAGAAUCCUCCAUUACAGAAAAACCGGAACAAGUGCAUAACUUCAAUAAGAGGCCACCAUUAAAAUCCCCACUUCUUCCAAUUCCAGUUACUAAAUCAGUCCCUCAAAAGCAAGAUUCAAAGAAUCCUUCAAAAAACACCAAAGUGAAUUCUCUUUUUCCUAGAGAACAUUCAAAUUCCUUGAACAAACACACAGAGGAAGAUAAUCAUGCUUCUUACAUGUCCAAAUUGCAAAAUUCAUGUCCUCGUGUUUUGAAAGGGAAUAAAAGUAGAUUUGGCACUCAGAGGGAGCCUGCUGAAUGUUUAAGUGAUACAUUACAGAAAGUCAAAGAGGUGCUCCACUGUCCUGAGUCAUUGCAAAAUCCACUUAGUCCUUCUAAAAGGACCAGGAACUAUGAAAAAGCAAGUAGGAAUAUAGAAGAGUCUGAAAAAGGAUCUUUAAUGAUUGAGUUUCAAGUACACUCAUUAGAAGAUGAAAGUGAUGGAGAGAUAUCUGACGUGGUAAAGCAUGAAACAAAAAUUGGAACCCUCGGUUCUGCAACUACAGAAGUUUUAUCCUGCAGCACUCACAGUGCUGACGAGAAAGAGGGAAAUGACCAAAACCUGAGAACAUCUAGAAAACUGUCCACUCCCCCAUGUGAGUCAGUAGUUCACCAGAAAGAAUCUGAGUUACAGAUGACAUCUGCAGCCAGUCCACACUCUGGCUUGCUGCUAGACUUGAAAACCUCUCUAGAAGAUGUGCAGGUUGAGGAUUCUGCUAAAUCUCAUGUAUCUUAUGAAACAGAGGGCUUUGAGAGUACUAGUUUGGAUGCAGAGCUUCAAAAAAGCGAUAUAGCUCAGCCCUCAGGCCUUCUUCUGCCUGAACUGAGUAAGCUGGGCUUUCCUGCCUCACUCCAAAGAGAUCUCACCCGGCACAUUAGUUUGAAGAGCAAAACUGGAGCACACCUUCCUGAGCCAAACCUCAAUAGUGCUCGCCGCAUUCGCAAUAUUAGUGGUCAUCGAAAGAGUGAAACAGAGAAGGAAUCUGGGCUCAAGCCAACCCUUCGGCAGAUUCUAAAUGCAUCUCGGAGAAAUGUCAACUGGGAACAGGUCAUUCAUCAAGUAACCAAGAAAAAGCAAGAGCUAGGCAAAGGCUUACCCAGGUUUGGCAUAGAAAUGGUUCCUCUAGUUCAGAAUGAACAAGAGGUCUUGGAUUUGGAUGAGGAGCCUGAUCUGCCCAACCUAGAAGGAUUCCAGUGGGAAGAUGUUUCCAUUUCUUCAUCCCCUGGGUUGGCAAGGAAGCGAAGUCUUUCUGAGAGCAGUGUGAUCAUGGACAGGGCUCCUUCUGUGUAUAGCUUCUUCAGUGAGGAAGGUGCAGGCAAAGAAAAUGAGCCCCAGCAGAUUUUUUCACCUACUAACUCAUUGAGGGCUGCACAGAGUCAGAAAACAACUGUGAGCCUUAAGCAGGAAAUGACACCUCUUGCUGCCUCCCUCAGAACAGGAGAAAGGGCUGAAAAUGUUGCUACUCGAAGGCGACAUAGUGCACAAUUAUCCUCUGACUGUGCAAAAUCUUUGAUGCAUUUGACAAAAGACCUGAACAGCCAGGAGAGUUCUGGACCACCUUCAGAGAAUCAGAAUGCCAAGGAGAGUAAUGGAGAAGGAAACUCUUUAUCAUCAAAUGCAUCCUCAGCUCUUGCAGUCUUCAGUUUGGCAGAUGCAGGCACAGAUAGUAGCUGUACCUCUGGUGCUGAACAAAACGAUGGUCAGAGCAUUAGAAAGAAACGAAGAGCCACUGGAGAUGGAUCUUCUCCUGAACUUCCGAGUCUUGAGAGGAAAAAUAAAAGAAGAAAAAUUAAAGGAAAGAAAGAACGUUCUCAGGUUGACCAGCUGCUGAAUAUUUCUUUAAGGGAGGAAGAACUAAGCAAGUCAUUGCAGUGCAUGGAUAACAACCUUCUGCAAGCCCGUGCAGCCCUUCAGACAGCUUACGUUGAAGUUCAGAGGCUACUUAUGCUCAAGCAGCAGAUAACUGUGGAGAUGAGUGCACUGAGGACCCAUAGAAUACAAAUUCUGCAGGGAUUACAAGAAACAUAUGAACCUUCCGAACGCCCAUACCAGGUUCCCUGUAGCCUUACACGAGAACAAAGGAGCAGUAGGUCUCAAACAUCUGCCGAUGCCACGCUGCUGCCUACUCCCUUUUUCCCAGUUUUUCUGGAGCCUUCCUCUUCCCAUGUGUCUCCAUCGUCCACAGGAGUCCCUUUCCAAGUAACCACAUCUCCUACGUUCCAAGCCCAUGGCAGUGUUCCUGCUCCAGACUCAUCAAUCCAGAUUAAACAAGAACCUAUGUCUUCUGAACAAGAUGAGAAUGUGAAUGCUUUGUCACAAGGCUCUUCAUGCAAUGUCUCCAAGGAAUUACUGCAAGAUAAUAGAGAGAUCGGUGACCGCUGCACAGUUGAUCCAGUCAUCACUGCACCAUUGUCCUUAUCAGAGCUAACAGAAGGUUUCCAUGAGCCUAGCCAAGAACUGAAGUUUUCCAUGGAGCAAGGAAAUACCAGAAACAAAGAAAAUGCUCUUUAUUCCCAAUCAGUUGGUCUUCCUAGCAUAAAUAAAGAAGGUGAAGAGCCAACCAAAGGCAAUAGUGGGUCUGAAGCCUGUAGCUGUUCUUUUCCAGGAUUGUUCUUUGCUUCAGAAACCCCGUUAGAGAAGGAGCCCCACUCUCCAGCUGACCAGCCUGAACAAGCAGAGUCUACUCUGACAUCAGCUGAAACUAGGGGAAACAAGAAAAAGAAAAAACUUAGGAAGAAGAAAACUCUGCGAGCUGCCCAUGUUCCUGAGAACAGCGACACUGAACAGGAUGUGUUUACUGCUAAACCUGUGAGGAAAGUAAAAACUGGAAAGUCAACUAAAGGAGGGAAAGUAACAACCUCCACCUGGGAAGAUAGCAGAACUGGCCCAGAACAAGAGAGUGUCAGAGAUGAGCCAGAUAGCGAUUCCUCUCUGGAAGUCCUAGAAAUUCCUAAUCCUCAGUUAGAAGUAGUAGCCAUUGAUUCUUCUGAAUCUGGAGAAGAGAAACCAGACAGCCCAUCUAAGAAGGAUAUUUGGAACUGCACAGAACAAAACUCGUUAGAAACUUCUCGUUCUGGUUGUGAUGAAGUUAGCUCUACCAGUGAGAUUGGCACUCGCUAUAAAGAUGGUAUCCCUGUAAGUGUGGCAGAAACUCAGACCGUGAUCUCCUCCCUAAAAGGAUCAAAGAACUCUUCAGAAAUAUCUUCAGAGCCAGGAGAUGAUGAUGAGCCCACAGAAGGGAGUUUUGAGGGGCACCAAGCUGCAGUGAAUGCAAUUCAGAUAUUUGGGAACUUACUGUAUACCUGUUCAGCAGAUAAAACUGUGCGAGCUUAUAAUCUGGUGAGUCGGAAGUGCAUUGGUGUCUUUGAGGGCCAUACUUCCAAAGUGAACUGCCUCCUGGUUACUCAAACCUCUGGGAAGAAUGCUGCCCUAUACACUGGUUCCAGUGAUCACACCAUUCGCUGCUAUAAUGUUAAGACGCGAGAGUGUGUGGAGCAGUUACAGCUGGAAGACCGCGUCCUCUGCCUUCACAGUAGAUGGCGAAUCCUCUAUGCAGGACUAGCAAAUGGCACUGUGGUCACCUUCAACAUAGAGAACAACAAACAACUUGAAAUCUUUGAAUGCCAUGGCCCUCGGGCAGUUAGCUGUCUUGCCACAGCUCAGGAAGGUGCCCGAAAGCUGCUGGUUGUGGGGUCUUAUGACUGUACCAUCAGUGUACGUGAUGCACGGAAUGGACUCCUCCUCAGAACUCUGGAGGGCCACAGCAAAACUAUUCUUUGCAUGAAGGUGGUGAAUGACCUUGUGUUCAGUGGUUCCAGUGAUCAGUCAGUCCAUGCCCACAAUAUUCAUACCGGUGAGCUUGUGCGGAUCUAUAAAGGUCACAAUCAUGCUGUGACCGUGGUGACUAUCCUAGGAAAAGUGAUGGUGACUGCUUGCCUGGAUAAAUUUGUUCGUGUCUAUGAAUUACAGUCCCAUGAUCGACUGCAAGUUUAUGGAGGACACAAAGACAUGAUUAUGUGUAUGACCAUCCAUAAAAGUAUGAUCUAUACUGGCUGUUAUGAUGGCAGUAUCCAGGCCGUGAGGCUAAAUCUGAUGCAGAAUUACCGCUGUUGGUGGCAUGGUUGCUCUCUGAUAUUUGGUGUUGUAGAUCAUUUAAAACAACAUUUGCUGACUGACCAUACAAACCCGAACUUCCAAACUCUGAAAUGUCGCUGGAAGAACUGUGAUGCUUUUUUCACUGUGAGGAAAGGAUCCAAACAGGAUGCUGCAGGACACAUUGAACGACAUGCUGAGGAUGACAGUAAAGUUGAUUCGUGAAGUUUUUUGCCUCCCAUGUUGGGAAGUUAUUAGUUGAACUAAUUUCAUAUUGGCCACUCACAUAGGCCACUCUUAUCCCUCCCCCCCCCGAAGCGGGGAAGGAGAAAGUGAUUACUAGCCAGGUCACCACUAGCAUAAAUCUGAGCAGCUCUAUGGGACGAUAAGUUACACUUUAAGGUCUUGCUUGAGGAUUGUCAGAUUUAAACCAAUUUCAAGGAACCAUACUGGGACAGCGUGGCAUAUAGUAAUUUAUGCUGCUAGUGCUCUCCAGAUGUUUAUUGCAGGUGCAGAUCUUAAUUGCUUACCUAAUUUGACCCUAGUCAUAUUUUUAUUGAUUUCAGUUUGUAAUUUAGUUUAUGUUCUUAUGAUGGUUUAAACCUGUAGUCAGGCUUCAAGUACCAGUUUGUUCAAAUGCUAGAUUUUUAGGAUCAGUUUUCAUUUUUCUAGUUGUAACAACUGGGUACUUAAAAAGCAAAUAGUUUUCUUUUAAUAAUUAUGUUUAGUGUGUUUCAAUAUUCUCUUGCUUUGUAUGUGGACAGAGCUGGCUUGAAAUGCUAAAGUGAGACAGUAGAUUUUUAGCAGCCAGAGUGACUGCUCUGCUAACUAUAUUUUAUAGGGACUCAGACAGCAGAUCACAUGAUGACAAGUCCUUACAGACAGCACUACCUAGUGGACCUCUCUGCAGGCUUUGCUAGAGUGCUUGGUUGAGGGCAGCUCACAGGCCUAAUGCCCACUUUGAAAUUGUGCUGUUAGACCUGGAUACUCACUGCUGCUUGAACUGGAGGUGUAGCCUUUAUCUCCCUUUCCAGUUUCUGACUCUCAAGGCUGCUGUGGGAUCGAAACUUUUUAGUUUGCUCUAUUGCCAAACCGUCCCCCUCCCAUUCUCUAGCUGCGCUUAGACUGAGGGCAGCCGUCAGGUACCUUCUCUGGGCUUACAGAAUGCUUUCCACUCACCUGCUGCACCCAAGAUGGGAGAGUAGGAUAAAGCAUGAAUUCAGUUUGUAGGGCCUCAAGCAGGCUUCUUACAGACUGAUUUCUAAAGCCAUUGUCUUGCCUUUACCUCUCCACUUGCUGGGAGAAGAGUGGAAUCGGGAAGGUAAAGACUACCAGUCCAUUGAGAGCAGCCACAUUAACAAAGCCUAAGUGAGACUGCUUUGUUUUUGGCUUUUCUCUGGACUCAAGAGAAAUAAUAUGCUUUCCAUUCUUUUGUUUCUGGAUUCACAGAACUCUGAAAGGUUCUUCAGGGAGACAGAAGGGAGGAGCUCAGUGCCACUUAACCAAGCUUUGGGAUGUGGCACCUACUGUUUCUAGGAUUGCAGAGCAUCCAGGUUUCUCUCCGCUCCCAUUAGUGCACACAGAUCUCCUCACGUGUCUCCUCACUCCAGCUCCAGGGCAGGGGAGCUUCACUGGGAGUUCGUGCAUAGGUUUCAGGGGGGUAUGCGAACCCCCUGAAAUUGUAUGCAAGGUGAAGUAUGUGUUCUUUUUUCCAGGGAAGGCUCUAAUGGUUCUUACUGCAUCCAAAACAUUAAGAACUAAUAUAGGGGCUACUUACUACUAGAUAAUGAAUGGCCCCACUGCUAUUUACUCCUGUUGUUGUGAAUGGGAAAGCUUUUUGUUGACUACGAUCUUGAGAUUUACAUGACACUUGAGAGAGAACAGAGAGGAUCCUGUUGCAAAAAGACUAUUUGUCUGUGAGAUUAAGAAGUCUUUCCCACCUCUCACCCUCAUUUCCUAUACAGGUGACCAGAGAAGCCAGGCUGUUCUGUGGGUUUGGGAAUGGUGAAUUUCCAGGAAAGUAUAUUUGGAUUUAUUGCCAAACCUGGCAUUUUUCUCUGGGCUGUAGUGAAGCCUCAUUGUCAAGUUGACCGGGCAGUGUGCUUAGAAAGUCUUGCAUGCCCUGUUACAUAGGUGUUUUUCUGUCAUGUCUGAGGACAUGUCUGAAAAGAUGAGAGUGUGGAGCCUUUGUAGGGCAGCUGUUGGACAAUCGUGGGGAACCUCUGCAGGUAGAAUCAGUAAGAAUUGAUUUGGGUUUCACUUUGGUGGAAUUGUGCACAGUGUGUCUGCCUGUGUGUGUAUGAUUGUUCCUGUAUAUGUUUGUGUGGAUGGGUACCUAUACUUGGAAUACUUUUCCUCAUUUCACAAAAGUUUUCUUUGAAGCAGUAAUAUCUUUGUUUCAAGGAUGUGUAAAAUUUGUUUAACAUCAGGUUAGUGUGUUAUCCUAAAUGCACUGUUCUAGCCCUCUGUUUAGAAAUAAAUGCACCAUAAACGUCUUGGCUGCUUAUGUAUGUUAUUAAAGUUUGUUAUUAAAGUUUCUGAAAGUUAUGCAGAUUUUUGGCUAUUUUUAAGCCAUCUACAGUGUCUCGACUGAUUCCGGCCCCCGGCCCCCUCAGAGAAGAGCUGUGGCUCAGGGUUUGCAUUAAUUCUGCUAUUUAGUAAUUUAUGAGGAAAGGAAAUUGUUACAUGACCUGACAAAACCUGACUCAUUUCUUACAAGGAGUUGGAGGCCAUUUUUUGGAAUGUGAUUUUUAAUCACGUGUGCCUACUUCUCGCGGCCAGAAGCCGAGGAAACUGGUGUGAACCCUUCUGUGCGCAUCUGCCAGCGCUCUCAUGGCAGUUUGUUCUGAUAUAGUAUCAGUCACUUCUUUUUAUCCUAAAGUUCUAAUCAGGCUCAACAUGUAUUUUGGCAUACUCUUCUACUCGGUUAUAUGGCAAUUAAAUAACGCAAACAGAACUCAGAGCAACGAAUUAUUUUGGCCCGAUGUACUUGAAUUUGCUACCACACUCCUGCUUUUGUGGGGAGGUUUUUCUGUCAGAAGAAUUAGCAGUUAGGUGUUUAGCUCCUGACCUACCUAUAAGUUAUAGGCAAUAUCAUUGCUGUUCAAGUGAUUAUUUGCCUAACAAAGAUUAUUUUAAUUUUGAGGGGUGGGGGGAAUCGGGGUAGACUAUACAGUGGACAACUUUGGUGACUAGGUGUGUGGAUGGUGUGGUGGCGUAGGUGCACAGAAAGCACUUAGUGGAAUGGUAUGAUAAGUUUUAUGGAAGAGAAUUCAUUGGCGGGGAUAUCAAAGUAUAUAGUGAUGUGAGAUUUGAACAGCCUGUUCCCCCUGGUUUGCUUAAAUAACUGCAAUUAAUAUAUGCUGACUUACAGGUUUUGUUCCUGUUACCUAAAGGAGAGCUUUUAGAAUUGCUGUGAAGGCCAUACCUACCAUAUUGAUAAAAUAUCGAUUUUUGUCCCUGCCUCAAAUCAUCAGGACCCUCAGGAUUGCAAAGAAGCUGUCUAAUGACUAGGAAUAGAGCUGUGGUGGAGGUGAUUUGGGCUAUACUGAGUUCCGAAUGCAAGUGGAUGUGAAAUUCUGAUGUAAACCAAACCUACUACUUAUCAGACAAUAACCUCUAACCUCACCUCCAACCCUAAGUAUGUGGCCCUGCUGGGUCACAUGGCCGCUAAAAUUUCCCAGAUUUGCUCUAAAUUCAAGGUAGAAGCGCAGUUGGAUUGGGGGAGGAGAAGAGUCAAGGAGGAAAGACUGUUGAAGAUCUUUCUCCUGCUUAGGAGAAAUACAUGCCCUAGAGCUGCUCCAGCACCCCUGGUAUUUGAAUUUUUUAAUAUUGAAUAUGGACUAGAAGAAUGAAAUCAGAUGACAUUUGAUUGCAAAAUAUGUUUAUAAGCAAAAAGCUCAGCCUUCUUACAUUUUGGUAUAAACCUGUGAACUUCAUAACUUUGUAAAGCAAGAUAUAAAGCAAAUACA